GGCAAGUCUCGGUACGUGCACCUGCAUCGGUCCCCAACGGCCGUCAUGCUCCCGCGCGAGUCCACCUCCCACCGGCGCGCCUGCGUGGGAAGCCCUCGGCGGCGUCUCCGUCCUCGCCGCGGGCACUGGCGGCGCCGUGCCGCUCAGGGACCUGUGGGACCCCACCGAGGUACUCGCUUCAUCCUAAAGCCAAUGAACGCGAUGGUUUUCGAGCCGUAUGCCGAGGCCUCGCUGUUGACGCGCGCAGGGGGUGGCCGUGGUGGCGCUGCUGAGGAUUUCGGGUGCUUCUUCUGCUGGGAGUUGGCCUCUGUUCCGAAGGACUCCAUGGUGAAGUUCGAUUCGGCCGGGGUUAAGCUGAUCGCCAUUGGCGUCGGAACUCCUGAUAAAGCUCGCAUUCACGCCGAUGGGGUAAAGCUCGUACCUGCAUUCUGUCGGAUCAUGUUUGGUGACGAUCUGAAUUUCUGAGACGUCUGCAUUGCAGCUGCCGUUUCCUUUAUUUUUCUGAAACUGUUUGGAGUGGCCUAUGAAUCACAAGUUUUUACAACGUGUGUAAGAACGCGGACUCGUCUUUCAGGCUUACAAUGUGCUGGGACUGUACCAUGGUCUGGGUCGGACGCUCUU